CUUUCUUCUUGAUUUGUGUGUAUUGAUUUGAUCUACGUGACGACAUCCCAAACUGAACACACCCUUUCUCUCUCUCUCUCUCUUCAGAUAUUUUUUUCAUUCAAAGUCGAGCCCUUUCCGUGUGGUUGGACUUGGACGCCUCUGAAUCGUACGCGACCAGCUUAACCCCCUCCAAAGUCUCUUCCUUUACCCUCCCACACGUUCAAAAUCUCAAUCCUUUCCUCCUCUGGUCAAAAUCUCACGAGCCACGGAAACUGUAUAUAAAACCAUCGAUUCACGCUCCCCUGUUUCUCCAUUACUGGAUCUCGCAUUCAAAUUUAAGAGAUUGCUAGGGUUUAGUGUUUUACCGGAGAUGAUUGAUCACGGUGGAAGCUCGUCCUUUGAUUACCGGAGCAUUAGAGAAGCCGCAUGCAACGCCGGCGCCGGAGCCACCGCAGGGGCAAUUGCAGCGACUUUUGUUUGUCCAUUAGAUGUGAUCAAGACAAGGUUACAGGUUCUUGGUCUUCCUGAAACUCCAGCCUCUGGAAAGAGAGGUAGUGUGAUCAUUACAAGCCUACGGAAUAUAGUGAAGAAUGAAGGUUUUAGAGGAAUGUAUCGAGGGCUUUCACCAACUAUCAUAGCUCUUCUUCCGAAUUGGGCUGUUUACUUCUCAGUGUAUGGGAAGCUAAAGGAUGUUCUGCAGUCAAGUGAUGGCACACUUAGUGUUGGGGCCAACAUGGUAGCUGCUGCCGGUGCUGGAGCCUCCACAUCUAUUGCAACUAAUCCACUUUGGGUUGUCAAGACAAGACUAAUGACGCAAGGGAUUAGGCCAGGUGUGGUACCUUACAAAAGCGUAAUGUCUGCUUUUAGUAGGAUUUGUCAAGAGGAAGGCUUGCGAGGGCUGUACAGUGGCCUUUUACCUUCUUUGGCGGGAAUAAGCCAUGUUGCAAUCCAGUUUCCAGCAUAUGAAAAGAUUAAGCAGUACAUGGCAAAAAUGGAUAAUACAUCAGUCGAGAAUCUGAGUCCUGGGAAUGUUGCUAUUGCUUCUUCGAUAGCGAAAGUACUCGCCUCUGUUUUGACUUACCCACAUGAGGUGAUUAGAGCUAAGCUUCAAGAACAAGGGCAAAUGAGAAACUCUGAGAAUAAGUAUUCAGGAGUCGUUGAUUGCAUCAAGAAGGUGUUUAGAAGCGAAGGGAUCCCUGGAAUGUACCGUGGAUGUGCUACUAAUCUGCUGAGGACAACUCCAUCAGCAGUUAUUACAUUUACAACUUAUGAGAUGAUGCUUAGAUUUUUCCGACAAGUUGUGCCACCAGAGACUAAUAAUAAGUCUGAUGAUGAUGACGAAAGAAAGAGUUUAGUUAGUCGACGAGAAGGAGGAGAAGAGAAAGAUUCUGCUUUGAGAGAAUCACAAACUCAAGCUAAUAAGAUCACUUCUCCUAUCCCUCUUGGAAGCAAAUAA